CGUUGUUCACUCGUUUUAUACUUUAUUUCUGCUCCUUUGGAAAAAUAUAUUUCUGCAGUCGUGUCCUUGCUUGCUACUGCUCUAUUAGUCUAUAAAAGAUGAUUGACGUCUGUCAGUGGAGGGCCAGUAUUGGGAGUUGGAACUGCUGUCAAGCUGCUGCUGGUCGUCGCAGUCGUUAUGACAGUGAUGGGGAGUCUUUACCUACAAGGGAUUGUACAUCUGGAAGGAACAAGGCUCCUGUUCUUCAAGCAUCAGCUGUGGAUCUGAUAUCAAUUAUUGUCUUUUUCAUUCUUUCAUUCUGUGUAUCAAGACUCACUCCAACAGGUCACUGUAGCUCCUUCCAAUUGUUUGUUGGUGAUGAUAUCUCAGGAUGGCUUCAGUUAUAUGUGGGAGCUAGUGUCAUUGGCAGUUUUAACUUGUUCACAAUUUCAUUCAAUUUGUAUUUCUAUUUCCUUCUGAUCCUCCUAUCAGGAGAUGUGGAACUCAAUCCUGGUCCUGUAACAGAUAAACCAGAUGCACCCAGUUUAUUACGUUCUGCCUCUGCUAAACUCACUCAACCCAUUUCAACUACCCUUUAUGCAGUAACUGAUUCACUGUAUGCUCAAGGACUGAUAUCACUGAAUAUCAAAGAAGAUAUGUAUUUUAAAGGAGAGACUGAUGCAAGGAAAGCUGGCAAGCUACUCAUUACAUUGCAAAAAUUACUGGAAACAUCUAGUAAUCCAGAACAAUAUUUGAUCAACGUUUGUUAUAUCUUAUUGAGUCAAAAACUUGUUCCACUAAAAGAAAUUACUGUCCCUAUCUUAAAGAAGUUAGGUGAAUCUAUAUCUGAUGAUCAGGAACUGGAAGUCACAAUCACUCUUCCGCCUGAUGAUGUUCAAAAAUAUGCUGACAUAUUGAGGCAGAGGUAUAAUCUGCAACCCAUUAUAGCUGCAGACUGGCCACCACGAGUUGGAAAAGACUUCUUUGGUAGAUUAACACUAAUAGAAGGCCAGGAUAUGAUCAAACGAGCAGAGUUACAAAUACAUUGGCACAUGCUGAGAGGAGAAGUUGAUAAAAUUCCUUACCUCACUGGAAACAUGGAAAUAAAAACGGAAGAUUUAUUAAAAACUAAAGAUACCUCUUCUCAAAAUAUAGUAAUUGAUGGUCCUCCUGGGAUAGGCAAAACAACACUGUGUCGUAAACUGCUGAAUAUGUGGUCAAACGGAGUGCUUGGCUGCCUAUUUGACUUGGUACUUUACUGUCCUUUGAGAAAUAGCAAAGUAGCUGAAGCUAAGGAAUUAAAAGAACUUUUUUUGUACGUCUAUGACUGUCCAAAUGUACCAGAAAUAGUCAAAUGGGUUUUAAAGGAACAAGGAAAAGGGCUGCUGAUAAUUUUUGAUGGAUGGGAUGAGUUAAGUAUGCAACACAGGGAAUCUUCACUGGUUGCUAAAAUUAUUUGUAAAAAUAAGUUAGCAAGUUGUUCAGUGAUUGUUACCUCUCGUAGCUAUGCCUCUGCAUCACUUUUAAGAGCAUUACCUUAUGUUAGUAAACAUGUUCAAAUUAUUGGAUUAUCCACAAAAGAAUUAUCCACAGUAAUUAUAAAAACACUUCAAAAAGAUUCAGAUUUAGCAGAAAAACUUAUCAAUAAAAAUACAAGUGGAUACUUCAAAACUAUUCCAACUAAUAAGGACUCACAACGAGCAGUAAAACUCAUUAAUGACCUCAAAGUACGAGGUGAUGUGCAGUCUCUGUGUUACAUUCCACUGGUUUGCUCAAUGGUAAUCUUAGUCUAUUGUAAGGCUGGAGGGCAGCUACCAACAACACUCACUCAAUUGUAUGAGAACUUCAUCUUACAAACUAUCCAAUGGCAUAUAAAAAGGAAAGAUGGAACCUAUCCAAAUACGUUAGUCAGUCUCGCUACAUUACCAUCACCAUUAGCUAUAGCUUUAAAAGAACUGAGCUAUUUAGCUUACACCACUCUUGCUGAUACAAAAAUGACUUUUUCAUUACAUCAACUAGACCUGCCUGUGACUGAAGCAGCAAAAGAGGAUUAUCUUGGAUUGCUGACAGAAUUUGAAGAGUUUGAUGAAGAGAAGUAUCAAUUUAUUCACUUAAGUAUCCAGGAAUUCUUAGCUGCAUGGUGGAUAUCUAAGCAUGACAAUACUGAAAAAAUUUUCAAUGAUUAUUUUGACAAUGAACACUUUAAAAUGUGUCUGAGGUUUGUAGCUGGUCUAACUCAUCUUGAACAUAAAAGCUAUCGACGUUAUUUUGGAAAAAAAAAACAAUUACAGUGUGAGGAUAGCCCACUUAGAGAAUUUGAAACCAGUCACCAUCAAUGGUUUCAUGGAUUAAGUCAACAUGCAAAAGGUUUAGAUUUCGAAGAACUCCAAAUCUUACUUCUCCAAUUCCUAUACGAAUCUCAAAAUACAAUAUUGUGCCAAUUAUUUGCACAUUCUAUAGAAGACCAAUCAUUGUGUCUUAAUCGUAAGGCUGGUAUUAGUAAUUCAGUCAUCACUAAGCUUUCAUUGUUUGAUUGGUUGUGCUUCAGUUAUCUCUUGAAUAAUGUAGAAUGGAAUGGGUUGGACCUACAUGAAUUAGAUGAGCAAUCAUUAUCAGUGCUAACUGCUGGAUUAAGCAAUAAAUCAUCAAUAAGUCAGUGCAGGGCAAUAAGUAUGCGGCUUAACAGUAUUUCUGACAGUAAUUUAGGACUUAAUUUUUUUGAAAAACCACUAUUGCAUAAUAUUCAAUCAAUAUUGGUUGAUUUUUCGGCAAUACCUGUGACUUAGUUCCUGUAUUAUUAAAGUUAGUCACUCUACCUCAACUCAAGGUGCUAAUGUUUAGUGGAAAUAUUUGUACAGAUCUUAAUGAGACUACCUAUAUUAGGAAAUGUUCUGAACUUGAACAAAGCAUCAAAGCAAAUUCAAAAUUAAAAACUUUUUAUGUACAUUGUGAUAACUUAUCAACAUAUGAACUUCCCAAACCACUUGUGGCAAGUGUUAUUAAUGGAGUUGCCCAAAACAAAACAAUAACAUCAUUCACAUUGGAACUGCAUAAUUUGUAUCCUGAUCAUCAUGCUCUAACUGAUGGUGUAAUAGAGAACUUACUGAGGGACAACAACACAUUACAAGCUCUUUCAAUCAACAUACCCAAUCGUUACAUUCCAUUACCAGUGAAUAAACUAAAGGUAAAAUCAAAAUUGACUUCUCUAGAGAUAGAAUAUGGUAGUAAUAUACUAAUGAAUUUACUCCUUCCAUGCAUCGAAGGAUUAAAAUGUCUGAUAUUAUCUAUGCCAUAUCCACCAUGUCUUAUAUUUGACUUUUAUCCUCAUCUACAACAACUUACUAUAAAACUGGACACAGCUGAGAGUAUCAAUGAACUCUUUACUAUUUUACAGACCAACACCAGUCUUAAAGCUCUGAGAGUGGAAGUUGAGGAAGGAAGUGUCUAUACAGUUUGCAGUAUUGGUAAACAUGAGUCAUCAUUUAAUGCUAAAAAGUGUAUGAGUUCCAGUUCAUAUAUGUCUAUCAUAACUACUGGUAUCAUGCAUAACACUGGUCUACAACAGUUGAGUAUACCUGUUUUUCUACCUAUUACUAAUGAACAAAUGAGAAGAUUCUUAAAUGUCAUCUCCCAAACAGAUAAUAUCACAGAACUCAAAGUAGUUUUUCAACUAGAUCAGACAUUGUCCUUUUCAAAUGACGAGAAAGGAAUAAUGAAAACUUUUUUCUAUGAACAAAUAUUACCUGAUAUUUUUGAUAUGCUACGAUCACAUGCAACCAUCAAAACAAUGAGUAUAGUGUGUAACUAUCUUUAUGAGUCAUCUGAUACUAAUACAACAGCAAUAGAGGAUUUUUUCCAUCGUACGCCAUUCCCAUCACUUCAGCAAUUGGAAAUCAAAAGAACAGGAGAUAUAAGUAUGAUCAAGACUUUUAAAAAGAAUGUAGUGGUAUACCCAUACGGCUAUCCAAUUACUCGUGAAAUAAAAAUGUAUAUACAUUAAACUAUGGUAAUAAUUAUACAAACUUACAUGUAAGUUUACCAUUUUGUGUGUAAUAUUGUACUCUUGAUUGUUCUUACUGCUUAGACAAAUUAAAAUUUUAUUGCUAUUUGCAACACUAUUAUUAGCUUAACAUGUGGUGAAAAGCAACUAAUUAUUUGUUUCUCUGUAAAAAUUCUAUUGCCUUAUAUUCAUUUUAUUGCUAAAGACAUUAUUUUGCUAAUGAAAAUUCAUAGUUAGAA